AUGGCCAUGGCUGUGAUGAGGGCCAGGAUAAAAAGCCAAGGUGCGUGCCUCAGCCUGGGAAUGCGCUGGCGUUGCUCAUUGCAGUGGCCGAGCACGGAGUCCCUGUCCGCCGCCCACGAGUUUUCGCGAGGAGUUCCCGGUCGGAAGGACCGCAACGGCGCACCGGCAUCGAGCCAGCGCUGGUUGCAUGCUGGAGUCGCCUUGCGUGCCAGGGCUGCACGAGAGGACAACAAUGCCGAGGACCGGCUCCAUCUCGAGGAGGUGGUCGCAGAAGCCAAACGGGUUGUGGACAACGGCACGCUGAAAGACAUGCAAGUGGUCAUGCGAAGAGUGCAGCUGGUAGAUCCAGCAGGGAAGUGGAAGGUUUGGGUUAAUAAGCCCGAAUUGGAGAAGCAGCUGCGGAAGUUUGUGGCAGAGGCCAAAGCAGCCAAAACGGCAUUGGAGGAGGACCUGCUCCUGGGGCGACAGCAGCGGAAGACGGGCCAGCGGCAGGUUGAGAGCGCCCAGCGGCAGGUUGAAAGCGCUCAGCGGCAGGUUGAGAGCGCCCAGCGGCAGGUUGAGAGCGCCCAGCGGCAGGUUGAGAGCGCCCAGGAGCAGGGAGCGAUGGCGGUGAGGCGUCUCGCUCGAGCUGCCACCGUCUUGGAGACGGCGGAGGACUCGGGCAAUGCGACAAAGGUGCAGGAGGCGAAGAAGGAGGUCCAGGAGGCGGAGAGGAAGGUCCAGGAGGCGAAGAAGGAGGUCCAGGAGGCGGAGAGGAAGGUCCAGGAGGCGAAGAAGGAGGUUCAGGAGGCGGAGAGGGAGGUCCAGGAGGCGGAGAGGAAGGUCCAGGAAGCGAAGAAGGAGGUGCAGGCGGCGGAGAGGAAGGAGGCGAAGGCAAGCGGCCGGACGAAGGAGUCCGAGGCAGAUGGGCAGCAGGCUGCCAUCGAGGCCAUCCAAUCGUCGAGCUGGACGGUGCGCAGGCCAGCACCGAUGAAACCUGCUUUGUUGGGGCGCACGGAGGCCAAGCGGGAACUCCUUGAAUACAUUCGCGGGGUCAUGGAUGUUGCCAAUUCAAUCCACUGGGAGCAGGGGACGCUGCCAAAGUGCAGCAUGAAGGCGACGGCCGGCGUCAAGGGAAUCGGCAAAACUCGCCUCUUGCAUGAGAUGUGCACCACUUGGCUCAACGAAACUGGGGCGAAGGUCGGACUGCACGUGGAUUUCAAUGGAGGCAGCGAAUGGGAUGCAAGCAAGGGCCCAGAAAAUGCCUUCGCACAUGUGCUCCUUCAGAGCGCCGGCAUGCGGCGGGAUGACGCUGAAUGGUGCUCGGCGGUCCUUCCAUGGAAGAAGGUGAUGCGGGCUCUGCAGCAGAAGCUGGGAUUGUCAAAGGAGCUUCUUGUGGUGGGGGUGGACGAGGUCAUGCAGCUGGAACAAAAAUGCGGCACCAAGCCGUGCUGCAAUUUCAUCUCCACCCUCAUGAACACCCAAGACGCAUCUCUUAUUUCGGGAGAGUUUCCUGUUAUUUUCAUUUGGACAGCGCUCUUCGAGAGCUACAUGAAGGAGCGAGCAAGCCAGUCUGGCCGCAAAAUUGCGACACUGAUCUCCUUGAAGGCUUUGCCACCUGAGUCCUUGGACAGGGUACCUCAGGAGAUUCGCAAUGCUUUCGAGCAAACACCUGGCAGACGACAGCUGUUGCGACAGCUCCUUGGCCAUCCGCGCUUGACGUUUGAUGCUUUACAGGAUGCGUUUUCUGUCUGUGGAGUGCCUGAAACCACCUUUGCGUUGGCCCAAUUUCGCAUGAUAAUGAUAAGCUUUGCCAAGCUUGACCAGGGCAAAUCCUUGCAGAGUGACGAGGUCAGACAGUGGUAUUCACCCAGUGCGAUCAUUGCGACUGGAGUACAGGACGACCUUGUCUCCCGCGGCUUAGUCCAGGCCGUGCAGUUUGGCAACUCUGGCCAUAAGUCAGUCUUGCACCCGCUCAUUUUGCAAAGCUGGGCUGAAAGCCACCGUGAGCCCUUGGCAAACCAGAUCAAGAAGAUGUUUGAAGAGGAUGCUGUCAUUGAGGCCGCGCAUGAGAAGAAGUUUGAGACCGUCAUGCUUCACUUCGAUGCUGCGGUGCGUUUGGCAUUGGAGCAGGAAAGCUGCACGCUGGAGCAGCUCUUCCCAGGGGCGAGCUUGAAACCGGAGAGCCUGCGAGAAGUGCUCGUGCUGUCUGGGUUGCGGCACCGACAGAACUCGGUGGUGGAGCUCGAUUCCUUUGACGACGUUGACGAGGUGAUGAGCUCCUUAGAGUACGGCAGCAUCGUGGUGUCCCAGAAGCGCACUGAGAAAGGGAUCGAGUAUUUGGUGCCAUGGACAGUUCCGCGCAAAGAUCACCGACAGCUGCUUCGAAGCUUGCAGCCGACAGGGCCUGGGGAGAAGGACCCAAACGCCCAUCUAUUGAUUCUUGGCGUGCAAACCAAGUAUGUACAGGAGUUCGUGGGCAAGUGGCCCUCGGUGGAAGACAAGGCGAAAAAAGCACUGGCUGGCCUCCAAGCCAAUCCGAAGGUGCUCCAAGCCUUGCCCGUGUUCUGCACCACUGAGAGCACUAAAGAGGGCCGGUCCCUUGACAAUCCCAACGUCUAUUUCAACGAGGUGGGCCUCGCGGAACUCCUCUUCGAGAGGACCGGGCCCCUUCGACUGUUCUUCGAGAAGCGUGGCAAGCCUCUGCAAAACAAGCUUGCGGGCUUUGGGUGA